AUGGACAUUAAUGUGGACAAGACGAAAUACACACUUUUUGGCACCACCAACCCACAUCCCCUUUCUCUUAAACUACGCGGUAUCCCCGUAGGCCCGGAGAAGGCACCUGAACUCCUAGGCAUCACUAUCCAAAACUACCGAGGCAUGUCUACCCAUGCGGUUCAAACGAGACGACGCUUGGGUUUUCGUUUCGCCUCGGCACAGUGGCCGCGACUUUCCGCCCCUUCCCCCGACGCCGUUCGGGGAUUUUCUCCUUUUUUGGGGGAACAAAAAGGUUCCCAACAAGAAAACCCAAAAAAAGGGGUCGGCAAAAAAAUUCCGAUGCCGGGGGUCGAACCCGGGUCUAGCGGGUGA